AUGGACAGUCCACUCCUAUCACCAGCUAAAGCCCGCCAGGCUGCAAUUCAAGCCAAGGAUUGGGCAUACGUCAACUCCUGGCUUAGUCGACAAUAUGCGCCCAAGCCGGUCCCCAAGUUCGAGCGCAACGAGGAUACUCUCCGCGUCCUCCUGACUCUGGCUGCAGCAAACGAUGCUGCAGAUGAUGAAGCCGCUCUACAGCAGCGAGCGCGCGAAGAGGCUAUCCAGGCAUACAAAUUACGGGAAGAAUUCGAGCGCAAAGAUCCCCACGAACAACAAAAGAAUCAACUUCUUGAUGAAGUAGAGAUGUGUCUAGAUGAUGCAGGAAGGCGUGAUCUAGACGAUCUUGCCGAGUCUGCAGUAGCGCUAGGAAAUACUUUGAAUCCGAGCCCGGGGGAUCUGGGACAGUCAAUUGUGGAGCUCACGGUGGAGGAGUUCGAGGCCCAGGAACAACUUGCAAAGGUCGACGCAUUGCAUCGAUAUCUUCAGCAGGAGCUGGUGCGACUUCAAAACGAGCUUGAGCGGUUGAAGACCGACGUGGCAUACGAGACAUCUGCCGACACGCAGAGCUUAACGUCGGAGUGGAUACGCGGCUCUAAGACGCUUGCGAUCAAGGUCGGCGAGUACCAAGAUCGCAUUGCUUCGCUGGAAAAAGUACAGCCCCGAGGGCCCACUAUUGAGGAGUUGAUGGCGGAGGAGGAGGACGUUGUCAGCAUGCGAGAAACUGUCAAAUCGCUGCAGGGCCGCGUGAGGGCCUUCCAUGAUCUACCCAAGGAUACACCAGGGGCACGGUCAAGAUAUAAAGAGCUAGAGCGUGAGCUUGCACGGGUGAAGCGGCAGAUUCAAUGCUCGGCAGUAUAG